UUGGCUAGAGUCCUACUUCUUACCUUACGUUUUGUUCUCUCAAAUUUGGUCUUUAGACCAGCUAUCGGUCCUCAUAAACCAGUGACCAUAAAGCUAAAACUGCGUCUGAGUCAAAUCAUUGAUGUGCACGAAAUUGAUCAAAUUAUGUCUUGUUCUGUGUGGCUCAAGCAAGUAUGGACUGACAAACGUUUGUCAUGGGAUCCAAAGAGUUAUGGAGGUGUGAAUGUUCUCUAUGUGCCUUACGAGAUGAUUUGGGUACCUGAUAUUGUUCUUUAUAACAACGCUGAUAGUAACUAUAACAUCACCAUAUCGACCAAAGCGACUUUGCAUUUUUCUGGUCAAGUCACUUGGGAACCUCCUGCUAUCUUCAAAAGCAUGUGCCCGAUCGAUGUAAAGUGGUAA